UACUGGCCUGCUCUGGCGCAACAGACCUGCGAACGAAGAGUGUGAAAAAUCUAAGACUCAAAUCUGCUCCUGACAUUUCUUACUUACAGCUAAAGAUUCGAUUCGGAGGCAAGCUAACAACAUGGAAUCAUCAACUGAUACACGAGUGCCGCCACCUUCAUGGAUAAAUCGCGAUUUCAUAGAAUCAGCUUUGAAGAAUGCAGAACGAAAGAAAAUUACCGUCGAUUCCAUAAACGUCAAGUAUGCAAAUCCUGAAGGAGUUGGCUAUACAAGCCUGAUGUUCAGACUCACUGCCUCUCUGAGAUAUGAAAAUAGUGAGGAGAUACAGAAGAAAACCCUAAUAGUGAAAACCACUCUUGAGUCAGGUGAACUGAAGGAUCUAGUAGACAAAAUAGAUGCGUUCAAGUUCGAGGCAGAGAUGCUACAUGAUGUUGUGCCACAGGUCCACGAGCAGUUGGUAGCGCUGGAGGGAGAUGAGUUCCGGCCAUUGGCAGCCAAGUGCUACCAAUGGGGCCGGCAGCCCGCGGCUUUCCUCGUGCUGGAGGACCUAUCAGCGGCCGGCUUCAGGUUGGCUCAGGGUGGCCAACCGCUAGACCUCCAACACUGCAGAGUCGCACUGCGGGCAUAUGCCCGACUCCAUGCCUCUUCAGUCUACAUGCUCAGCAAACAGCCGCAAUACAAGGACACGUUCCGUUUUCACUUGUUCACAGACAAAGACGCUCUGCAAUUUGUGGGAACUCUAUGUAAAAAGAUAAUGACAGCCCUAGCGAAUGAGUUUGAUAAAUCUCCUGGCUACGAGCAAUAUGGAGAAAGAUACAGGACAUUUGCUGACCGAUUACUCGAUGUUGCGAGUGAAAGAAUGGAGCAGAUCAGGAAUCAAACAAAGCUUCAGGUAUUGGCCCACGGUGACUGCUGGAAGAACAACAUGAUGUUUAAGUAUGUGAAUGGAGAAGUUUCAGAAGUCCGACUAGUUGAUUUUCAGUGUUCAUCAGUGACCAGCCCGGCCUCGGACCUGCUGUACUUCCUGUACGCGAACGCCAGCGAAGACAUCCACCGGCACCACAUGGACGACCUGCUGCGCGAGUACCACAGCACGCUGGUGGGGCUGCUGCGGCGUCUGGGCAUGGGACCGCAGGCAGAGGCCUACACCAUGCAGGAGCUCAGGAGCGACAUGGACCACUGCCUGGUCACAGCUGUCUUCUACAGCACCAUGAGUGGGUUUGUUCUCACGUCCGAGGAGAACGGCGCAGAGUACGCAAAAGGGCUCAGCGAUCCAAAGAAGUUAGACGAGGCUGUCAUUAAGUCAUUUCGGAACCCGUAUUCAUUGCCCUACUUGAAAUAUGUAGCUCCAAUUUUCGCUAAGAAAGGAAUUAUAUGAUCAUCUUUAGGAAAUUCGGUAUUUUUUAAAAUUCGUAGGAGCCAUUUGUCGGUUUAUCUGAAAGAUAUGUAAGGAGCGAUCUUCGAAUCUUCGACAGUCAUAGAAGCAAAGGCUUAAAUUCGUCAACGAUCAAUAGCUAUUCAAAAACAGGUCUUGUGUACGUAGUUUGGUGAGGAUCGCGUUCUGAGCCACCAUGUCCGUCAUGCUUGGCCUCCUCAAUCCGUGUGGUUAUUGGUUGUGGGGUUACCCGAAGUUGUAAAUCUACUGCGAUCGUCCGACCUCAUUACUGACACUAAAAUACAACAUCUGAGGGCAAUUUCUCACCAUACGUACUGAUAUGCUGUACAGUGCUGUUCACAACAUUGUUCCUCGACUACAGGUGUUAUUGAUGAAUGACGGCCGACAUGCUGAUCAUUUGUUAUAAAGAACAUCGUCUUUGCUAAAAAUCAGUUAUUAUGUUAAUUGUUACUUUUGUAUAGUAUGAAGCGCUAUUUGGUGGUUAGUUUGUGAAUCUUUUUUCGGUUUUAAUAAAACCCCACGUCAUUUCAAGCCUGUGUGUCAAUUUUUCCCUCUCUACCUACAUUGUUCCAUGAAGUAAUGAAUUUUCAAAUUUCAACGGGCUUUUGGGGCACCCUGUAGUUGUAAUACCCUUCUGCUUCUGAGGUACACAAGUAACUGUGUCAGACGUGUAUUCUCUACGUGUAAGUAUGUGACAAAAUUUUUCCUAUAUUUCGUACCUGACACGCGUUUGACAAUGUUCGUAGGAUAAGCUGAAACUUGUAAAUGUCUUCACUGCUUAUUAGUGAGAUUGGAACU